AUGAGCGAGCUGAAGGACUGCCCGCUGCAGUUCCACGACUUCAAGUCAGUGGACCACGUGAAGGUGUGCCCGCGCUACACGGCCGUGCUGGCCCGCUCCGAGGACGACGGCAUCGGCAUCGAGGAGCUGGACACGCUGCAGCUGGAGCUGGAGACGCUGCUCUCCUCCGCCAGCCGCCGCCUCCGCGUCCUGGAGGCCGAGACGCAGAUCCUGACGGACUGGCAGGACAAGAAGGGCGACCGGCGGUUCCUGAAGCUGAGCAAGGAGCACGAUGUGGGGCCCUCCGUCAAGCACGGGAAGCCCAAGAAGCAGAAGCUGGAGGGGAAAGGGGGGCACGGCACGGGGCCCGGCCCCGGGCGGCCCAAAUCCAAGAACCUGCAGCCCAAGAUCCAGGAAUACGAGUUCCAGGACGACCCCAUCGAAGCGCCCCGCAUUCCCAAAAACGACGCCCCAAACAGGUUCUGGGCCUCGGUGGAGCCGUACUGCGCCGACCUCACCAACGAGGAAGUCAGAGUCCUGGAGGAGCUGCUCAAGCCGCCCGAGGACGAGGCUGAGCAUUACAAGAUCCCUCCCCUGGGGAAGCACUACUCGCAGCGCUGGGCACAGGAGGACCUGCUGGAGGAGCAGAAGGACGGGGCCCGGGCUGCAGCCGCUGCCGACAAGAAGAAGGGCGUCCUGGGGCCGCUCACCGAGCUGGACACCAAAGACGUCGAUGCCCUGCUGAAGAAGUCGGAGGCCCAGCACGAGCAGCCCGAGGACGGGUGUCCCUUCGGGCCCCUGACGCAGCGUCUCCUGCAGGCCCUGGUGGAGGAGAACAUCAUUUCCCCCGUGGAGGACUCCCCCAUCCCCGAGAUGGCCGGCAAGGACUCGGGAGCUGACGGCGCCGGCACUUCUCCCCGCAGCCAGAACAAGCCCUUCAGCGUCCCGCACACCAAGUCCCUGGAGGGGCGGAUCAAGGAGGAGCUGGUGGCGCAGGGCCUGCUCGAGUCGGAGGACCGGCCCGCCGAGGACUCGGAGGACGAGGUCCUGGCCGAGCUGCGCAAGAGGCAGGCGGAGCUGAAGGCGCUGAGCGCCCACAACCGCGCCAAGAAGCACGAGCUGCUGCGGCUGGCCAAGGAGGAGCUGCACCGGCAGGAGCUGCGGCAGCGCGUCCGCAUGGCCGACAACGAGGUGAUGGACGCCUUCCGCAAGAUCAUGGCGGCCCGGCAGAAGAAGCGCACCCCCACCAAGAAGGAGAAGGACCAGGCCUGGAAGACGCUGAAGGAGCGCGAGAGCAUCCUCAAGCUGCUGGACGGUUAGCGGGGGCGCUCGGCACGGCACCCCGCACGGGCGGCAGACUGUCACGGAGCCCGCGGGGACGGGGUGGUGCCCCUGUCCCGACCCUGCGGGGUCCCGGCCUGCCCACGCUCCGCCUCGCUGUCACCCGUGGGCUGGGGACAGAGGGGGUGUGCCCGCACCGUGCCACCCAGCGCCGCAACGUCCUGCUGGGGGGGCUGCGCCCUGCUCCGUGCCCUGCUCAGCUGCUGCCUGCUGCCACCGGACCGGGCUGUGGGGCCGGAGCCGGGGCACGGAGGUGACACGCGGGGACCCAGUGGGGCCACGCAGCGUCCCCGGGAGGGGGGGGGGGGGGACACAGCCCCCUGGUGGCUUCUGCUCCCGUGGUUAUUCGGGUGCCUGGCCUCCGAGGGACGGAUGUGGCAGCUCCUAUGGCCACGCUGCCUCCCGCAGCACCCAGCUCUGCGUGGACACGAGUGGGAGCUGCCCACGGGGCUGUGGGGACACGCGGGGUGGCAGCGUCACCGGGGAGGGGGGCGGAUUUGGGGAGGGGGCGCGGCGGGCUCGGGCUGUACCUGAGGUUUGCGCGCGCAGGCAAUAAAAGGAGCCCGGUAGG